AUGGAGUCAGGCCGGCGCAGCUUGGCCAAGAUGCUGGUGUGCCGGCUCUGGAUGACCAUCAGCAAGGCUCUGUUUGCCGAGUUCCUGGCCACAGCGCUGUACGUGUUCUUUGGCAUGGGCUCGGCUCUGAGAUGGCCCCUGGCGCUUCCCUCUGUGCUGCAGAUCGCCAUCACCUUCAACCUGGCCACGGCCGUGAUCGUGCAGAUCACCUGGAAGGCCAGCGGGGCCCACGUCAACCCUGCCGUGACGCUGGCCUUCCUCGUGGGCUCCCAGAUCUCCCUGCCCCGGGCUGUGGCCUAUGUGGCUGCCCAGCUGGCAGGGGCCACAGCGGGAGCUGCUCUGCUUUACGGGGUCACGCCUGGGGACAUCCGAGAAAACUUUGGGGUCAAUAUGGUCCGGAGCAGUGCCUCGACCGGCCAGGCGGUGGCGGUAGAACUCAUCUUGACCCUCCAGCUCGUGCUCUGCGUUUUCGCCUCCACCGACAGCCGUCAGACCACGGGCUCCCCCGCAGCCACAAUUGGAGCCUCGGUGGCAGUGGGCCACCUCAUCGGGUUCUAUUUCACCGGCUGCUCCAUGAACCCAGCCCGCUCCUUUGGUUCCGCCGUCAUCGUGGGGAAGUUUGAAGUCCACUGGAUCUUCUGGGUGGGACCCUUGACGGGAGCCGUCCUGGCUUCGCUGAUCUACAACUUCAUCCUGUUCCCUGACACCAAGACCCUGGCCCAGCGACUGGCCAUCCUCACGGGCAGUGCAGAAAUGGAGAAAACGGAAGGGGAGGAACCCCAGAAAAAAGAAACCCAGUCCAACUCAGAGGACACUGAGAUGGAGAGUGUGUGUCAGGUGGCAUAG